AUGUUACUUUCACUUUCACUUUCUUGUGCUUUCUUUCACUGUUCUCUCACCACUUCACUUGUAUGGUCUUUUACACUUUCUCUCUCUCUCUUGCUCUCUCCUCCCUUCUGUGGUCUUUUACCCUCUUUCUCUUUUUUCUCCAUUUUUGUGCAGUCUUUUACUCUCUCUCUCUUCCUCCUAUAUUGCUUAAUUUUGACUCCCUUUUCUCCUCCCUUGAGUAAUUUUUUUACUCUCUCUACUUCUCUUCUCAUGAACUUUUUACUUUCUCUCCUUCGCCCUUCUGUAGUCUUUUAUUCUUUUUCUCUCUUUCCCUCCUUUGUGCAGGCUUUUACUCUCGCUCUCUCUACCUUCCUUGUUUUGUCUUUUACUCGCUCAUAUCCCCCUUCUGCAGUCUUUACAAAAAUACUUCAGUAUUCUUCUGUCUCUCUCACUGUUUGUCUCUUUCUCCUCACUGUGCAGUCUCUGUCUCUCUCUACACUUUUUGUACAGUUUCUCUCUCCUCUCUGCCUCUCUCUACAGAUUGACUCCUUUACUCUUACCCCUCUCUGUAUUGUCUGUCUCUCUCUCUAUAUAUAUAUAUAUAUAUGUCUCCCUGAACUCUCUCUUUACAGUCUAUCUCUCUCAGUAUAUUUUUUCUCUUUCUUUGUACUAUCAGACUGUUUCUCUCUUUUUUUUCAGUAUAGUUUUUCUUUCUCUCACCACCAAAUCUUUUCAACUAUUUAG